AUGGCGAACGAAAUACCCGAAAAGACGACGGGCUACUAUGCCCCCGAGAAGGAGGUCCAGCCCUCGCCCGUGCACACCAACGAUGGCCCCGUAGAUGGGGAGUUGGUGAACGCCUCAGGACAUCGUCAGGAACUCGAGCGAAACUUCAGUCUUCUCAGUAUUUGUGCCGUGGCUGUGACGACCGGAAACACCUGGAUUGCUCAAGGUGGAAGUGUCGUGACCGCCCUCUCAAACGGUGGACUGGCAGGAACUAUUUACGAAUUUAUUGUUGUGUCUGUUUGCUACUGGCUGGUGGCUGCGUCCAUCGCAGAGCUGGCUUCCGGUAUGCCCUCUGCCAGUGGUGUCUACCACUGGGCGACCAUCACCGCCGGACCCAAGUACGGUCGCGUGUGUGGUUUCUACGCCGGAUGGUGGAACUGUCUGGCUUGGAUUCUCGGUGCUGCAUCGAUGUCUUUGAUCUUGGGUCAGCAGACUGUAGCGAUGUAUGCUGUCAUGCACCCAGGCUUCGUCCCUUCGAACUGGAACAUCUUCAUCAGCUUCCUCCUCUGCACCUGGACAUGCUGCGCCAUCGUUCUUUUCAUGAACCGUUACUUGCCUUAUAUCGGUAAUCUCGGCAUGUUCUUCAUUCUCGCUGGCGUGUUCAUCACCAUCGUUGUGUGUGCUGUGAUGCCUUACGUCAACGGAACUGGCUAUGCGUCCAACGAAACCAUUUGGGCCCACUUUGACAACCAGACUGGCUACAGCUCAAACGGCUUCGUUUUCGUCGCUGGUAUGCUGAACGGUGCUUACAGUGUUGGAACUCCUGAUUGCUCAUCUCACUUGGCCGAGGAAAUCCCCAAGCCGAGUCGUAACAUCCCCAAGGCUGUCCUUGCCCAGAUGGGUGUUGGUUUCGUCACUGGUAUCUGCUACAUGAUUGCUAUCUUCUACGCUAUCAACGACGUGGACGCCCUGGCAAACAGCCCUCUCUUCCCCCUGGCUGAGAUCUACCAACAAGCCACCAACUCCCGUGGUGGUGCUCUGGGUCUCUUGAUCGUUGCUUUCUUGCCCACUUUGAUCACUGCUUCCGGUUGCUACAUCACCGCCGGUCGCACCCUGUGGACUAUCUCCCGUGACAACGCCACCCCCUUCUCCGGCUGGAUCGGCAAGAUCUCCCCUCGAUUCCACAACCCUUUCAACGCCACUCUGGUUUGCGGAGGUUGCAUCACCAUUCUGGCAUGCAUCUACCUUGGCUCGACCACCGCCUUCAGCGCCUUUGUGGGAUGCUUCGUUCAGCUGUCCAGUCUGUCCUACUUCAUGGCUAUUUUCCCCCACGUUCUGACUCGCCGUUCGUCAUUCGUUCCCGGCUGGUUCUUCAUGAACAACAAGGUUGGCUACGUCGUGAACUCUCUCGCUUGUAUUUAUAUCAUCGCCUUCGCCAUCAUCUUCUGUUUCCCCUAUGCCCUGCCCACCGAUGCCGGGUCCAUGAACUACGCCAGUCUGAUGACCGGUGGUUUGUCCAUUUUCGUGACCAUCUGGUGGUUCAUCCACCAGGGUUCAUACGAGGGCCCCAAGCACGUCCCUCUGACCGACAAGGCCUUGGCCGAAGAUGCGCAGUAA